UGACGGGUACAUUAAAUUGGCACAAUGUAAUUUCUAAUGUCGAGUGUAGCCGAUCGAGUUUUUGCGGUUUUUAGAUGAAAGUAUAGCAGAAGUGUAAAACGAAACCGGAUAAUUGCAGGGGGAAAAAGUAGGAAACACGGAUACGCAUCCCAGCAGUGAAUAACAGAGUUGCCCUACACUGAAACAGACUGGCUCUUACUGUAAAAAAAAAACAAAUAACAGUUAGCGUCUUCCUAUUUAAUUUAAGUCUGUGUGUAUGUAUGUGGAUGUUUUUUUAUUAUUCUUCAAUGUAUGUACGUGUGUAUGUAUGGUUGAAUAUAUAUUGAUGCAGUGUGUUUUGGUGUAGUUUUUGAAAAAGCUGAAAGUAAACAGCUGAAAUUGCUGGUGAUUAGUUCAACGUAAACCGUUUAAAUGAAACCUCCACAUGUCUCUCUUGGAUAUCAAAGGCAAUGUCCGAAAACAUAGAUGAACUCCGGAAUAUGCUAGUAACCUUCAGAGUGUCCGAACUGCAGAUGCUAUUAGGUUUUGCUGGUCGAAGCAAGACUGGUAGGAAAACAGAGCUGCAACAGAGAGCAUUGGAGUUACUCAGAAUACGAUCGUACACGAUACAGGCCAAAAUUCGAGAUCUUUACAAGACAAUUCAGCAAACAGGUGCUCUCCAGCAGAUUCAGCCACCGUCCCCAGCCACGACGCCAUCUGGAACACCAUCACCCAACAUGCCUCAGCACCAAGGCGGAGUACCUAGAGCUACUGUUAACCCUUACAAUACGCGUUCUGCCACAUUGUAUAAUCAGAAUGCAGCUUCGUAUCAGCAGCAUGCGUAUGGUGCGUAUCCUCCGGUACCUAGGAUCGCGCUUACGCAAACGCACAUGAUGAACCAAAACUAUCCAAUACAUCCGGACGUCGAAUUCAAAAGGUUACCGUUUUUCGAUGUUAUCGCAGAGCUGCUGAAGCCGUCGACCCUCAUUCCACAAAGCGCUGCCAGGCAGCAGGAAUGCAAUUUUUACUUUCAUCUGACACCGCAACAGGCCACGGACAUUGCAUCUUCUCGCGACGUACGACACGGCGGUCGUGCUGAAUACACGAAGCAGAUCCAGAUGAGGUUCUGCUUGACGGAGACAUCAUGCAAGCAAGAGGACUUUUUCCCACCUGGGGUAGUUGUUAAGGUCAACAACAAACAGUGUCCGUUACCG